AUGGGAAAGCAUAGGAGCACCCUCCGAGAGCGCCUCACACACGCCAUCACCGGACCACCGCGCAUCCCGCCAACCAGCCAACCACCGCCGUCCAGGAAGCACCCGCGCCGACAACGUCCGCAGUCCGACGACCGCCGACCAUCCGCCAGCGGACCACCCGCUCACGACAAGAGCGACUGUACGAGACGGCCCCCUCCAGCGCAACAACCGCCUCAAGCCACACUUCUGGCCACCUUCGGGUCCACCCUCUCGGAUCUCGACGACGACGAUGACAACGGCCGCGAGGGGACCGCCGAGCGCACCGCAGUUGCACCUGAGCCCAUGCCGGACAUAACGUCGCUGACGAUCGCGGGGCCCAGCGCGGCGCCACCAGAGACGGCCCCAUCGGCAUCGACGCCCGCGACGCUGCCGACGCCGCCGCCAACAUCACGGCCCGCACCACCGCCAAACGCCGCUGCCGAUGACGCCCGCAUCGCCGCCGACACAGCCAGCACUCCUGCCGAUGACGCUAGCGCCGCUACCGACGCCGCCAGCUCCACUACCAACUCCGGGGUAUUUUACCGGACCCCCGCCGCCGGAGAUCAUCCCAGCAGCAUCACCGCCGCCCGGACCACCGAUCCCGCCAGCCGUCGCCACCCUGGAGGGGCCCUUCCCUGA